CAACCCUCCUCGUUUUUUUAAAGAUAAAAAAGCUUCCUCAAUGAGUGCCAAGCUUUCCAAGGAGUUGAGGCUCUCCCUGCCGCCUUGCCUCUUGAACAGGACAUCUGGCUCUUCAAAUGCCAGCAGCACCUGCAUCACACAAGUGGGGCAGCUCUUCCAGUCUUUCUCCUCCACUGUCGUUCUAAUCGUCCUGGUCGCCCUCAUCUUUUGCCUCAUCCUGCUCUCUCUCAUUACUUUCCACGUCCACAAGAGAAAGAUGAAGAAGCGGAAAAUGCAAAGAGCUCAGGAGGAAUACGAACGGGACCACUGCAGCGCCACCAGCAACGAGCCAGGGGAUCCGUGUGAAAUAGCCCAAGGAAGAGAAUCAUCUGGCCUUGGAAGAACCGACCAGGAUUCUAAUAUCCAGUGUACUUCUGUCCUGGAACCUCAAAAUCCCCAUCCUGAAAGAUCCUAUUUGGACACAGAUGCUCCAGGGCUCUUGCAAACGGUGGUAUUGUCUUGAUUUCCUUCAUUUUAUUAUUUUUGUGUGUGUGGAGACCUCACCAAAAAAACACUUGUUUGGUGUUUGUACAUAUUUGAGUGAUUAUUAUAAUCCCGAAGAAGAUGAUGAAGAAAAAUUAUUAUUAUUAUUAUUAUUACUAUGAUUGAUAAUGAAAGAACAAGCCAGAAUUCAAGCGCAUGACAAAUUCUAUUGCGUUUCUUCUUGACUUUUGCAAAAGGAAGGAUGCGUCUCUUCAUUUAUGUAUUUUUUUUUUCCUUUUAAGAGAAGACGAGAAAAAGAAAAGCUGCACAGUUGCUACCAAAUAUAAAGUCAUCUGCACCUGAAGAAAUGGUGCGGGCAGUAACAGUUGAGAUGUACAUACAUAAGAGAUCUCGAAUAUGUAUAAAA